GCCAUCCGUAACUCGAUCUUUCCUCACCUGGCCACUAUGCCUAACAUUUCGUUUCCUGAAGAUGUUGAAAAUCACCUCCGCCGUAUUGAGUCGUCCCUCACUCUCACCAACACCUCGACGUAUCCCGCUCCUCAAGCCUCCGGAUCGUCCUCGAGAGCAGGAAGCCUUGACAGACAGAAGCGAGCAAACAUGGGUUGUACCGACAACCCCCAUCGACAAGGAACGAUACAAAAAUACCUCUCCCGUGAACUUAGGGCCUCAUAUAUGGGCCUAGUGAUUACUAUUUGCUUUUUCAUCUCUGGACUCGUCGAUAGCGUCGCUUUCAACUCGUGGAGUUGCUUCGUCAAUAUGCAGACCGGAAAUACCGUCUUCGCCGCCCUCGGUCUGGGUGGGCUACCCAAAGCCAGCCAUGGUCAGCAAUACUACAAAUCUCUCACUGCAAUAGGCUCCUUCUGCCUCGGAGCACUAUUUUUCAGCGCCUUGCACCGUUACCCGACCGGCCUCUCAGAACAGCCAUGCUCUCGCCGUCGGUGGAUCUUCAUCGUCUCCUUCUCUCUCCAGACAGCCUUGAUGAUCAUCCCCGCCAUCCUGGUCACUCUCAAUCUGGUUUCGAAUCAACCUUUCGUCCCCGGCUCUUUCUCUUCCGGGAGCAGCAACAACAACAGUGGUUCUGGCACGUUGACCAAUUUCCUCGACCUGUGUCCGGUAGCCUUGCUUUCCUUCCAGGCGGCUGGCCAAACGACCCUGUCGCGCCUACUCGCCGUGCUAGAUAUGCCCACGAUCGUGCUGAGUGCGCUUUAUUUUGACUUCACCGCCGACUUAUACUCGCUUCGACAGGCGUGGAGGAAGAGCUCGAGUCUAUGGGAAUUUGCGAGCGUGCAGCAAAAACGGCAGGGACAGAGAUUGUUGUGUAUCAUUGCGCUGUGUACUGGUGGGAUAACAGGUGGAGAGAUGUACAAGUCUUCGGCGGGCAUGGCUGGAGCUUUGUGGACCGCCGCAGGGUUGAAGAUGCUCAUCGUUAUGGGAUGGCUGUUCUGGGCAGAGGAAGGAGGUGAGGUUGAGGAUACCGAAGAUGAGAGGCUUCCUCGGUGAGCUUGAUGCUGUCAGUUCAGGGGGUGGGAGAGUAACGUUGACAGAAAGAAAGUGGAGAAAGCAUUUUUGAAAAGAUGGACGCUCAUCUUGGGGCAUGAUUGAUUGAACGACCAAACCUAACGACGACAUGAAUGGAUGGAAUGGAGCUGUGCUGGACCAUAGAUCAUACUACUAGAG